GGCGAUGCUGGACUGGACGCCAUCGUGCGCCGGUACGUGGCGCGGCUGACGCUCAAGGGCUCGUCGUGCGCCAGGCAGGCGCCGCUGCUGCCCGAGAGCCUCGCCGCGGGCGUGUGCCUGGGGAUCAACCGCCGCGGCCCCGAGUGCGAGGCCGGGCUCCUGGGCGCCGCGGCCGCGGGCAGCGCGCGGGGUGGCGGAGGCAGCGUCUGCGUGCUCGCGGUGCGCGAGACGUCGCUGGUGCACUACACCAAGAGGCCGGGCGCCGUCGCGAGGGGCUCGGGCGCUGGCGCUGCGUCCGCCGCCGCACGCGACGCUGCCGCGGCGCUGCCGGGGGGCCCGCCCCCCGUGGAGGAGAAGUACUGGAAGCGCCGCUUCAACUACUUCUCCCGCUUCGACGAGGGGGUCCGCAUGGACGUGGCGGCCUGGUUCGAGGUGACGCCCGAGAGCGUGUCGCGGCACAUUGCGGACAGGAUGCCCUACGGCCUCGUCGUGGACGGCACGUGUGGCGUCGGCGGCAAUGCCAUCCAGUUCGCCCUGAGCUCGCAGCGUGUGGUUGCAGUUGACAUAGAUGCGAGCAGGCUCGAGGAUGCCGCUCACAAUGCCUGUGUGUAUGGCGUGCAGGACCGCAUCGAGUUCGUGCACGAUGACUUCAUCCACUGGGCGGAGACUUACCAGGGGCCGACCGUGGACGCCGUCUUCCUCUCGCCCCCCUGGGGAGGCCCGGCGCACCUGGACUGCGAGUGCUUCUCGCUCCGGGACGUCGAGUGCCCAGACAUCGUGCGCAUGUUCGCCGCUGCGGCGUCAGUGAGCCGCCGGGUUGCCCUGUACCUCCCCCGGCACCAGGACCUGCUGGAGAUAGUGACCCUGGCGUCCUCGUUCGGCUUCUCGGCCGUGGAGGUGGAGAAGAUCUUCUUCCAGUACCCGACGCCGCACCUCAAGCUCUGCAUCGUCUGGUUCACGCCCGAGGCCGCGCUGGUGCCGCCGCCGCCGCCCACGGCGGCCAAGGUCGUGGGGCCCGCCACGCAGAGGCGAGCGGCGCGAGGCGACGCGGAGAGCGCGCCGCAGCCGCUGGCCUGCCGCGCCGCGCUGGCCUGGCUCUUCAGCGACCUGCCU